AUGAACACAUUUUCCACAUUACCUGUCGAACUUGUUUAUCGUAUUAUGGAUCAUCAAAAUGAGCUGACGCUAUUUUGUUCAAUGCAAAAUAUUUGUCGACGACUCAAUCAAAUCCUGAGUACUUACCAGCGAUAUCAAAUACUUACCACCGUGGAGCUCCGAUCUAAGCAAAUCGGUACGCAAGAAACACAAAACAUUGCGAAUGCGUUGCGAAGAAAUACGACAGUCACCACACUACACCUCGGCAAUAACACAAUAGGUGCUGAAGGAGCACAGUACAUUGCGGAUGCGUUGCGGACGAAUACGACACUAACCAGAGUAUACCUAAACAUUAACGAAAUCGGUGAUGAAGGAGUGCAACACAUUGCUGAUGCACUGCGAACGAAUACGACACUAACCAAACUAUACAUCGGCUAUAACAGGAUAGGUGGUGAAGGAGCACAACACAUUGCAGAUGCAUUGCAAACAAAUAAGACACUCACCGAGCUAUACCUCCGCAGUAACGAAAUCGGCGAUGAAGGAACGCGACACAUUGCUGAUGCGUUGCGAACGAAUACGACACUCACCACACUACACCUCGGCUAUAACAGAAUAGGUGGUGAAGGAACGCGACACAUUGCGGAUGCGUUGCGAAUAAAUACGGCACUCACCACACUAUACCUCGGUAGUAACGAAAUCGGCGAUGAAGGAGCGCAAAACAUUGCGGAUGCGUUGCGAACGAAUACGACACUCACCACACUAGACCUUGGCUAUAACAGGAUAGGUGCUGAAGGAGCACAACACAUUGUCGAUGUACUGCGAACGAAUACGACACUAACCACACUAGGCCUCAGCGAUAACAGAAUCGGUGGUGAAGGCGCACAACACAUUGCGGAUGCAUUGCGAAGAAAUGCAAACUUCAAGCCGGUGUAG